AUGGACGCAUACGAAGAAACAGGUUCAGAACAUACUGAUGAUGGAAAGGUAGAUGAGAUCGCUUUCAUGGCUAUUGGAGAUUCCGACGUGGAAGAAGAAAAAGCAAAAUCUGAGAUUGUGCAGAGAAACGGUGAAACAAGCAACAAUGAUCACAAAAUUGCUCUUAUCAGCAAAACAUUUCUGAUUUCACCAUUGCCGGUAGCGUCUCUGAACUCGUUACGGUGCGAUCCCGGGUACUUGAUUCCAAAUUAUCCGGUGGGCGGUAAUGGCGGUGAUAGUGGAUUUCAGUAUCUGAUCAACAUUUUGGGUGCGAGAGUGUAUGACGUGGCACACGAAUCGCCAUUACAGCUCGCGCCGAAGCUUUCACAGAAGCUCGGAGUUAAUGUCUGGCUUAAACGAGAGGAUCUUCAACCCGUCUCCUCAUUUAAUCUUAGAGGAGCAUACAAUAUGAUGGCAAAACUCUCAGAGGAGGAGCUGAAAAGAGGUGUCAUUUGCUCAUCAGCUGGGAAUCAUGCUCAAGGUGUUGCAUUAGCUUCUCACAAACUUGGCUGCAAUGCUAUCAUUGUCAUGCCUGUUACAACACCAGAGAUUAAGUGGAAAUCAGUUGAGAGGUUAGGUGGUAAUGUUGUUCUUAUGGGAGACGCGUAUGAUGAAUCACAAGCAUACGCCAAAAAGAGGGCCGAAGAGGAAGGCCGAACAUUCAUCCCUCCUUUCGAUCAUCCAGAUGUCAUUGCAGGGCAAGGUACUAUAGGUAUGGAGAUCAAUCGUCAACUGAAAGAUAAAAUUCACGCGGUAUUUGUACCUGUUGGUGGAGGGGGACUUAUAGCUGGUAUUGCUGCAUAUAUGAAAAGAGUUGCCCCUGAUGUAAAGAUUAUUGGAGUUGAACCAUGUGAUGCAAAUGCAAUGGCAAUGUCAUUACACUAUGGUCACAGAGUCAUACUGGACCAAGUUGGAAAUUUUGCAGAUGGCGUAGCUGUUAAAGUUGUUGGUGAAGAAACUUUCCGUCUCUGUAAGGAACUAAUAGACGGGGUGGUCCUAGUUAAUUGCGAUGCUAUAUGUGUAUCGAUAAAGGACAUGUUUGAAGAAAAAAGGAGCAUAUUAGAGCCUGCAGGUGCACUUGCACUUGCAGGAGCUGAAGCAUACUGCAAGUACUAUGGCCUCAAGGAUGAAAAUGUAGUAGCAAUAACAAGUGGAGCCAAUAUAAACUUUGACAGACUAAGAUUGAUAAGCCAACUUGCAGAUGCUGGUAGAAAUUGCGAAGCUGUGCUAGCUACUUGUAUGCCAGAAGAGCCCGGAAGCUUCAAACGGUUUUGUAAACAGAUUGGACCAACGAUGAAGUUUAUUGAAUUCAAGUACAGAUAUGAUUCUAGAGAUGAAAAGGCUCUAGUGCUUUACAGGGUUGCUCAUCAAACGAAAUCGGAACUUGAAGCUCUGAUGGAGAAGAUGAGAUCAGCAAUACUGCACACUGUUAAUCUUAGAGAUAAUGAUUUGGUCAAAGAUCACUCGAGACAUUUGACAGGCGGUAGAUCAAAUCUUCACAAUGAGCUUCUUUGUCAAUUCAUUUUCCCCGAGAAGGCUGGUGCUUUGUCAAAGACUAUAGAUGCUUUCAGCCCGCGUUGGAAUAUAAGUUUGAUCCAUUAUCGCACACAGGUACAUAUUGGUGCAAAUGUUUUAGUUGGCAUACAAGUUCCACAGGACGAGUUUGAUGAAUUCCAAGAUUGUGCUCGUAGACUCGGUUAUAAGUAUGUUGUGAAGAAUAUCAAAUGA